GCUCCUGGAGGAAACAGCCGCAUGGGCGUGGUUUAGUAGCCCUAUCGGCCCUCGGGGGAAGGCGUGACGCGCGCCUGAGCUCGAGCCUGGUGGAGUUUACGAGCUCUCAAAACUUCCUCUCCCUCGGUCGACACGCUCACUCCGCCGAGGCGAACGACACUGAUGAGAAACUAAGUGAGAGAGAACGGGAUGGGCAGACCUACGUGUGUUUACGUCUUCCACUUCUUACUAUCCUGCAGCGGUGCUUCAGAAUAACAUGUCGUUUUCUUUGGAUUGCAAACAACGCUCCCUUGUGUGGAUUUAAAUCAACGUUACUUUCCGUGGACAAAACGACGGUUAGACUCAUAGAGGAACGGAGUAAAUAAUGUUUGUCUUAGUCUUCGUGUAUGCUGUCAGCGCUGCACUGCUGUGGCCAGCGAGCAGCGCUCAGUAUUCCAGCGACCAGUGCAACUGGAAGGGAAGCGGUCUGACGCACGAGGCCCACACGCGCGACGUGGAGCAGGUCUACCUGCGCUGCUCCCAAGGUUCCCUGGAGUGGCUCUACCCCACCGGCGCCCUGGUGGUCAACCUGCGCCCCAACCUCCCCCCUUCCUCCUCCUCCUCCUCCUCCUCCUCCUCGAGGCUCCGGGUCUGCCUGAAGCCCCAGACGGACUCCCAGGGCUCCAUGGUGUACCUGGAGAGGGGGGGCCGGCUGAAGCUGCUGCUGGGGCCGGAGGAGCAGGCGCUGGGGGCCGUGAGGUGCUUCCGCCUCGACGACGGGGCGCUGUUCGUGGAGGCGCUGCCUCACAGCGACAUCGGGCGCAGGACCACCGCCUUCGCCUACGAGAUGAGGGUGGAGGAGCAGGAGGAGACGGAGGAGGGAGGAGAGCACACGGAUGCAGCUCUCUGUCGCCCAUGCAGUGAUGAAGAGGUCCUGAUGGCUGUGUGCACCAGUGACUUUGCUGGCCGUGGCAGUCUCCAGCCAUUGGGCGAGCGGGAGGCGCCCCCUGGUGGUCGGUGGCUGAAGGUGUCUCUGAGCCGACUCUACCGCCAGAAGACCCGCAUCUUCACCUCCUCGGGGGGCGGGGCUCGCGCCCGCAGAGCCUGGACGGGUCACGUCCGAGCCCCGCCCCACUGCCCCGUCUCCCUGGGCGACGGCGGCACCGGAGGAGGAGGAGGAGAAGGAGGAGGAGGAGACUACCUGCUGACAGGCGCAGUGCGAUUGGGCGAGGCCUGGCUGGGGUGUGUCCCGCGCUAUCAGGACUUCCUGCAGAUGUACCGGGCCGCCCAGGCCAGGGGCACCAACCCCUGCAGCAUAGACACGGACUGAGGAAAGGGGAACUACGGUGGCCCGAGGGGGCCAAAAAACAACCCCUGCAGCAUAGAUACGGACUGAGGAAAGGGGAACUACGGUGGCCCGAGGGGCCCAAAAAUGUGCAGCAUUAACACAGAUUGAUGGCGUCCAGUUACAGAUGGAUACAAAGUGGGGCAUGACUACAGCAGCCCUAGAGAUAUUCAGCAUAGAUACACACCGACUACAGGGGCCCAAGUGGGCCAAAAAUGGACACAGAUUGAAGGUGUGCAUGAGUACAGUAUGAAUAUAGACUUAGGGAGAACUACGGUGGCAUAGCAGGUCCAAAAAUGUGUUUGAUUGAAGUGAACUGAACUUGAGUCAAACCAGGGCCCUGAAACACACCCUCAUGGCCACUGGAGGCGCUGUGGUGCCCACCUGGUCAGAGGAGAAGAGAAGAUGGCGACUGACAGCUGGGCAUGACAUGAGAUAAGAUGCCCCACUCAUAACAUGGUCUUCACUACGCUGCGUUGUGUGUGCUAGUGUGUGUGUGUGUGUGCGUGUGCGUGUGUAUGUAUAUGUGUGUGUGUGUGUCUGUCUGUGCAUGAGAUAAAAUGCCCCACUCAUGACACAGCCUUCACUAUGCUACAUUGUGUGUGUUGUGUGUGUGUGUAUGUGUGUGUGUGUGUGUGUGUGUGAGAGUGUGUGGCUGGCUGUAUGCAUGUGUGAGUGUGUGAGUGUAUGUGUGUGUGCGUACUUGGCUUGCACACGCCUAGUGUGUAGUAGCAAACGUGUUUCUGUAAAGGAAUAUUUCCCCUGCUCUUAUGAAGAGCUUCAUGUACAGUAGUAUGGUCAUUUCUCUUGACUGCAGUUUGUGUGCGUGUGUGUGUGUGUGUGUGUGUGAGCAUGUGUGUGUUGUACCUGUGAGUGUACAUGUGUGUGCGUGUGUG